UCAAAGCACGAUGCGCGAAUCGCAACCAUUGCACCGGCUGUUAAGCAGAUAACAUAAAUUAGAUUUUUUAAUCAAGUGCUAUUGUCGUGCAGGGCAUGAGCAAGUUGUAUUUGAUUACACCCUCGCCGCGUGCAGCGUAGGGCCGGGGGUGUAACAAGUGCGCUCCGCCCCCGCCCAUUCACUCCCGGAGCCCGCUCUCCAUUCAAUCGUCUCGGAGCGGUCCGAUCGCUCGCCUCUCGACAAGGCUCCGUCGCGUGGGAGUUACGCGGCUUCCGGUUGCCGCGAUUUUCAUCCGCGCGUAAUUAAAAAUAAACUUUUGUUUUUUUUUGUUUAAAAAUUCGGGUUGUGUUCCAAAAUUUUUUUUUUGUAAAAAUGGGUGAGCAAGUUUUUGCCAUGGCGGAUGAUAAUUUAGAGCAGCACAUCGUGACGUUGUUUGAGAAGUUGGAGUGUAUGCGUCGGGACGGGCGCGGGGGUGAGACGGGGGCGUGCGGGCGGGUGCCGGCGCGGCUGGAGCUGCGGUCGCUGGGGCUGUGGAAGGCGGUGGUGGCGGAGUGCGCGGCGUCCUUCCUCUACGUGUUCAUAGUGUGCGGCGCGGCGGGCGGCGCGGGCGUGGGCGCCUCCGCCUCGGCCGUGCUGCUGGCCACCGCGCUGGCCUCGGGAUGCGCUAUUGCCACACUCACGCUAUGCUUCGUCAAUAUUUCUGGAGCGCAUAUAAACCCGGCGGUGUCCGCGGCGCUGUGCGUGCGGCGCAAGGUGUCUCCGCUGCGGGCUGCUCUGUACAUCGCGGCCCAGUGCGGGGGCGCCAUCGCCGGCGCUGCCGCCAUUUAUGGAGUGAGCGUCCCUGGCUACGCGGGCAGCCUGUCAGCGUCUCUGCCGGCGGGCGGCGGCGCGGCGUGGGAGCGGCUGGGCGCGGAGCUGGUGCUGUCGGGGCUGGUCUCCGCCACGUACUUCGCCGCCAUGGAGAGGAGAUGGAGCGGGGCGGCCCCCGCGCUGCUGGGGGCGGCUUAUUGCGCUGCUAGCUUUGUUUCGAUGCCGUCACUCAACCCCGCGCGUACCCUCGGGCCGGCCUUCGUGCUGUCCAAGUGGGAGUCGCACUGGGUGUGCUGGGUGGGCGGGCUCGGCGGCGGCGCGGGCUGCGGGCUGCUGCACGAGUGGGCCUCGCGCCGCCCCGCGCCCGCGUCCCGCGCCUCCUCUCCGCGCGACCUCGACGACCUGGACAAGCCCGCCUUCCCCCACCACUACCGCCACGCGCCCACCUACUGCUCCGCGUCGGCCCCGCGACCAGACAACGCCGAGCCCCUGUACUCCGGCACCAAGUCGCUGUACUGUCGCUCGCCGCCGCCGGCCAGACACACGCUGCACAGGUCAGCCCAGGGAACCACGACCAUAUCGACAUGCUCAAUGUCACAGUCAGUCUACAGCAAAGGCAGCUCAGCCGCCGGCGGGCCGCUAGUAGCUGCUCAGUCUCUGCUGCUACGAGCACCGACCAUGACGCAGCACCCCGCGACGCAGCACCCGGGCAUGACGCAGCACGCUAUGACGCACAACCAGAACGCUCAUAACGCGCAGCGAGAGCCCGCGUAUGGGGUCACGCCGAAUGGGGUCAGGCCUGGGCCUGCUGGAGCGGCAGUGCAAGAGCGCCGAGACUCGCUAUACGGCGCGACAGGCCCGAGACGAGGCCCGCUGGCCUCCGACGACAGCGCCUACGGAACCUACACCCGGAAUUAUCGAGCCCCAGAACAUUACUAGCGACGACCCAAGCAGCACGAUAUCGCGCUGCUUUUCGACGUUUAAGGACUUAUCCGUGUUCCGAGGAUUAGUGAACGAUUGUGAUGUGGGACGUGAAGUGUUGUCGUGUAUAGCGCCAUAGAUGGCGCUGUCAUUUGGGGGAAUUUUGUUUAAUUUUUGGGUGAGAUUGUGAUUUGAUUUAUUCCCAACCCAAGUACCUAAUUGAAAUUGUUAAAAACUCACAACUCAGAUUAUGGUAUAGUUAAUAAAACACUUGGUUAUGUUUAAUACCGGUAGAUGGCAUUGUCAAUACAUCAGUAGAGUAACGUUUAAAAGAGGCUAAAAGGAGUUAUUCGUAAUUUUACCUAGAGUACCUUUAAUUGGAUACCUAUCCGACUUUUGUGGACCAAACUCUUGUAAUUAUUGUGUUUUUAUAAGAUGAACAUUUAGUAUUUUUAGGCACGUGUAUUAAGUAUGUGUCGGCACAUACCUACCCAUUCUACGUGACCUACGUGUUACCUACGUAAUUGAACGCUAAAGUUUGGUAUGUUUUGUAUAUCAAAACAUGA